AUGGGCUGGAAUGGGUGAGUUGGGGUGAAGGGUAGAGCAGGUAAUCACUGCACACUUCAGUUAAAGAAGGAGGUAUCUUUCGAGCCGUGGGGUUUCUCCAACGGAGGCUGGAACACCCAGAUAACAACAACGAGGAAGCCUCGGCAGUCCAGCCUUGACCCCUGCGGGGAGUGCGGUCAAGAUACCCGGCCAUAGGGGCAGAGCUGGCGGGUGGGCGGGGACAUGCCUGCUCUGCAAGCUGAUUGGCUGGCAGGUGCGCGCUGGCGGGGCCCGAAAUUAGGGGCUACCAGGCCGUGAGGACCGCUAGUCCCACCGCUCUCUCGGCCCCGCGGCAGCCGGAAUCGGGCUUCUGCUUCCCAGCCCGCGGCGCCCCCACCACCUCGCUCCCCACCACUCCCCCGGCUUUCCGGGAUCCGAAUUUGGAGGCCCCUUAAAGGGUCCCCGUUGCUCUUCGCCCGGUCCUGCAGAACGGAAGUGGGGAUCCUGGACUUCGGUCCCAGACGGUGGAGAUCGGGAUGGCUUCCGUGCUGAUCCGAGAAGCCAAGGAGGGAGACUGUGGAAAUAUCCUGAGGCUGAUUCGGGAACUCGCUGAGUACGAGAAACUCUCAGACCAGGUGAAGAUCAGUGAAGAAGCCCUGAGAGCAGAUGGCUUUGGAGAGAAUCCUUUCUAUCACUGUUUGGUAGCAGAGAUUCUUCCUGUCCCCGGGGAGCCACAGGGGCCCUGUGCGGUGGGCUAUGGGCUAUACUACUUCAUCUACAGCACAUGGAAGGGACGAAACAUUUAUCUGGAAGACAUCUACGUGAAGCCAGAGUAUCGGGGUCAGGGGAUUGGCUCCAAAAUAAUCAAAAAAGUGGCUGAGGUGGCCCUGGAUAAGGGCUGCUCCCAGUUCCGCCUGGCAGUCCUAGACUGGAACAAGGGGGCUAUGGACUUGUAUAAGGCCCUAGGAGCCCAAGAUCUGACGGAAGCUGAAGGUUGGCACUGCUUUCGCUUUGAAGGAGAGGCGAUGAGGGAGUUGGCAGGAAAGUGACGCCAUCCCUUGGGGAUCUCCAUUUCAGCUUCUUCAUCCCCACCAGCUCAAGCAGUCCUCAGAGACUGUCUCCACUGACCAAGGCCUCCCGGAAGGAAGGGAAGGAGGGUUGGAGGUGAAUAUUCCCAGAUGGAAAGAACAGAGGUGAGGAAGAGGCAAGCCUUCCCACCUCCUUGUUAAGGGUGAAAAAUAAAUGAGAAUUCCCAUGUGUUGAUGUGGUGUUGGGUGGAGGAAUUGAGGAUGUGACAAGCUUCAGCUAUUACGACCCUUCCUCAGUGUUUUCUGGUCAGUGGAUAUUGCUCCUGGGGAUAAAAGUGGGCCUAAGAUGACUUUCACCCACAAUGGACCAGAAUAUUGGCUCUGGCCUCUAGCAUAUAUAUCAGGCUUGUUGGUCAGGUUUGGGACCCAGACAAAGGCCUCCAGUGUCUGGACUGGGCUGUGUGGAAUCCGAGACUGAGGCAGGCCCACCGACUCAACAGAUGGAACAGGCUGCCACCUGGUGGCGGCAUUCUAGGGACACUGGGAAGGACCACUGGCCCCAACUUUUUAAAAAAUCCGCUCAGCUAGCGAGUGCUUUUUCUUUUUCAAAAGUCACAAAGCCUUUUUUUUCAGUUCAGCAGAACCAAAACAAACCUUUAGGACCCAUGGAGACAAGAAGGGAAACAGGUUCAUUUCCUACUUUCAUAAUAUUUUAUUAUACAAGUAAUGCAGGUUUGUUGUAGAGAAGUUUGAAGGGACAUAUAAAAAUAAAAUCCAUAGCCUUACUUACAUCUCUACUCUUAACCCUUUGGUACUGAUUCCUUAGAUUUUUUCAAUGUACAUAUAUACAUAUAAUUAGUUAAGUAUGUGGGGAUUUAUGGGAUCAACUCUUUUGCAACCUGUUUUUUCAUUUAACAAUAAAUCAGAAACAUCUUCCUAAGUUAUUAAACACAUCCUCACUUUCAGUGGUAACAUAUUAUUCCUUUUGUGGAGGAACCAUUGGUUAAAUGGUCAUAAUUUAGACACUGAAAGUGGACAAGCAGGUAACAUAAAUGUGUAAAUUGUAAAACACAGGAUCAAUGGAGUCUAGAGAGUUGAAGAUCCAUCUUAAAAUUCAAAAAAAAAAAAAAUACAAUUCAGCCAAACAACACUUCAAAGGCCCAAAUUCUUCCAGAGUGGUGCCAGUUUUGGGCCCUUAAAACGAGUUUACAACAGAUGGGCCUUUAGGACAAACUUGAUUGAGAAAUAAUGAAGCUUGUC